AUGGCCGUUUGGAAUCCCUUCCGGAUAACAGGCGACUGCCUGCACCUGCUAUCGAAAUGCAUCCUCCUUUUCUCCAUCCACCGCAACCGGAGCGCCGAAGGCGUCUCCCUCAUCACACAGAUCCUCUACGCCGUCGUGUUUUGCACCCGCUACGCUAACAUCUUAGGCGAGACAAUCCCCUGGAACGUGUUCUUCAAGGUCUUCUACAUCACCACCUCCUUCUACAUUAUCGUCAUCAUGCGCUGGGUCUACCCACGCUCGCGCGAGCUCGAGCUGGCCUGGAAGAUGGCCGCCGGUAUUGUCGUCGGUGCCCUGCUGCUGUCGCCCUUUGGCAUGCUCAUCUUUGUCAAGAAGAUCUCGUGGGGCUUUUUCAACUGGCUCUGGUCCUUCUCCGAGAUCCUCGAGUCCGUCGCCGUCCUGCCCCAGCUGCUGCUGCUGCGCCAGACCUCCAUCCCGACCGUCAUCGACUCCUUCUACCUGCUCGCCCUCGGCUCCUACCGCGGCUUUUACAUCCUCAACUGGAUCGCCCGCGCCGCCGAUCCCGAGGACGACCCCCCCAACGGUCUGUCCGUCAUCUUUGGCAUCGUCCAGACCAUCCUGUACCUCGACUUUGCCUGGGUCUACUGGACCCGCCAGCGCGUCAAGCUCCGCAACGGCGGCGUGGUCGACGCCGACGACAUCCGCCAGGGCUGGCUGCUCCGCCGCAUCUUUGGCAAGCACAUUGACCGCGCCCAUGACGGCGUCGACGACGAGGAGAGCGCGCCUGCUCUGGGACGCUCUGCCAGCGGCGCACGGCGCGGCGCUCGGGGCGGCGGCCGUGGCAGUGCUGGCGGUGCCUCCAACAACAAGUGGGGCGCCCGCGGCAUCUCUGUCAGUGCCGACGACACCACCCUGGAGCACGAGCGUCUCUUUGAGGCCGAGCGCUUCGACGGCCACCACAACUUGGACGCGAGUGUCGAUCCCGACGCGCAGAUGCACGACCCCGAUGACCUGGCGCGUGCACUCGGUGACGACGACGACGACGACGACAAUGGCAAUGCCAACACGGCCCACCGUAACGGCCACGGGGCGUACGCGGAUGCGGUCGACGGCGAUGACGACGAAGAAGACGAAGACGGCGCACCGCCGCCAGCGAACAAGAAGCGCGGCGCAACAAACGUCGGUGGCGUGCGGAACGACGAGUGGGACGAUUAA